CCUGAUUCUGCCAUAUAUUAUACUUCCAGGUCGCAGAGGGAUUUGUUUACUAAAAUGGCCACUGUGACAACUUACACUCUGGAUUAUUUUCCUGAAAAUAUUUUAAUUGAAAUUUUAUCCUACUUAACUGUCCAAGAACUCGUUCGCAAUGCAAGAGUGUGUAAGCGGUGGAGAGCUUUAAUAAAAGACCAGAGACUAUGGAGAACAGUGGACAUUUCCACGUGGAAAAGGGUGACCUCACGGGUGCUCUGGACGUUACUGCGGCAGUAUCUGGGACGUGGUGUAUGUUUUCUACACCUGCGUGGGUUGCUGCAGAGUUCACGUGGAGGAUCGUUCCUCUCUGAGCCAUGGCUGCAGACUCUGAGCUCCAAAUGCCCUCGACUCCGCCGACUAACUCUCACUCACACAGACCUGCGUGGCCUGCACAGCUGCUCCUUAUUACCUCCUAGCUUACAGGUGCUAGAACUGCGCAGCUGCGAACUCCCACCUGGGUUUUUUACCCAGGGUCCAUUGAAGCCAAUACAAACAGACCAAAAUGGCUCAGGGAAAAAAUCUCAGACCUCUUCCUCUAGCGUUGUUAUUGAAGAACUUAUUCUGGACAACGUGCCAUCAUUCACAGACCAGCACUUAAUGAGUCUGAGCUCGUGGGAGCGUCUUUGGCGUCUGGAGUUGCGCGAUGUGCUGCGUGUGACUGUGGCAGGACUGAAGGGCUGCGCUCCACCUGGCCCACAUGCUCUAACACGCCUCACACACCUGGAGCUGGAGGGGUUUAGUCGGCAGCAGAUGGCAGCGCUGGGUCUGGCUGAUGGUUGGGCUGGGCUGGAAAGGCUAACGCUUGGUGGGCGAGAGGUUGCUCCUGGUCUUCUUUGCCUCAACCGAUUGGUCGGGCUGCGCUGGCUGAGGCUGCGUGGCUGCAGACUCACCGAGACGUUGGUGCUGCGUAGCUGUGGAACGCUGAAAGAACUGCGUGUCCUUGAGUUCCUGCAGGUGGACUUUGCAACGGAGCCUGAAAGAAAAGACAGCGAAAGGGAUAAAAGGAAUGAAAAUGACCCGAUACCUGCACUCAGACAAGCACUGUCUAACCUGCUGCCCAAAUGCAAUGUGAUGUUCACACAGUGUAAUGUUAUAGUUGGUGCAGACUGACACAUAGGGGUGGGUGAGAUAGUAAUCGCUGUCAUUGGUACCAUUACGAGAUAAAUCAAGAUUUUGGAAAGUAUCUGCAGUAUUUUUAGAAAGAGUCUCACCUGCAUACAAUGGAUUUAAAGCAAUCAAAGGCAAUGACUAUUAACAAACUACAUUAUUCACUCAAAUCUGCCUAGCAACAAGUAGCCAAUUGGAUGUUAGAUGUAUUUCGACCAAUCACAGCAAGCCUACCAGCAAUAGGUUUCCAUAGAAAAGAGUAUUUUAAAGACGGCAUAAUGAAUUCUUCAUAGGCGUCUUUUAACAAACCUGAGAAGAAACAAAAUAACUAUACAAAGUGUCCUGAAAAAUAAUAUUUGCUGUAUUAUAUUUUUAAUUUUGAAACUGUGUUGUGGAUUUGUACAUUUGAAUAUGACAACGAUGUAGCAGGAUGUCAUAAUAUAUUGACUUUAAACCUCAAAGGUUUACAUUAGACAAAGAGUUGUGUAUAAAAUAAUGCUGGUGUGUUUUUAAACGAUUCAAUUGUUUUUACUUCUUAUAUUAACUAUUAUAUUAAAGAAAGUGAUCGAGCA